CGUCAAGUCAAAGUGUCAACUGUCAAACCAAAAAAGUACACAUUUUUGUGUUUGAGUCGGUGUUUUGGUUAAAAAAUUAAAUUGGAAUUCAACAAUACAAACAGAAACUAAAUUAUAGAUACCUUGGUAUAGAUCACAGAAAUUUAAAUAAAUAGAUCAACGAUGUCGUUCUCAUUUGGUUCUACUGCCAACACGCAAAACAACAGCUUUGGAAGUGCCGCCAAACCAAGCUUCGGGUUUGGCAGUACAAAUACGGCCACAACAAGCCAGGCUGGUUUCAGCGGGUUCGGUGCCACCACAGCCUCUACCUCGUCAGGUUUUAGUGGAUUUGGUGCAAACACCAGCACAGCUGCACCGUUUGGCACCCUGGGUGCUCCGGCGGCCUCGUCGGCACCCUCGCUGUUUGGGGGAGGGGGGUUCGGGACCACUGCAGCUAAGCCUACUACAGGUUUUGGCACCAGUGGUGGAUUUGGCACAAGUACCUUCGGUGCUGCAGCACCAUUCGGUGGGACAUCAACUUUUGGCAGCACUGCACCAGCGUUCGGUGGAACUAACACCCUUGGCGCCAACACACUGGGAGGCAACACACUUGGAGCCAACACCUUUGGUGGGGGAUCAACAUUUGGUGCAGGAUCUGCUUUUGGGUCAUCAUUCGGUGCCAAGCCAGCGGCCACAGGUUUCGGUGGAUUUGGCACAGGUCUUGGCACUACUAACACUUUUGGCCAACAACCUCAGCAACAGCAGCAGCAGCAGCAGGCGGGCCCGGCGUCGGCGCACGAGGCGCUGGUGGCCGCCGUGUUCAACUGCAGCGUGUUCGGCGACGAGCGCGACCAGACGCUCGCCAAGUGGAACCUCAUACAGGCGCAGUGGGGCACCGGCAAAGCAUACUACAGCCAGACAGCGCCACCGCUAGAACUGACGGAACAGAACCCCCUGUGCCGCUUCAAGGCGGUCGGCUACACCAAGCUGGGCGCGCGCGGGGAGAAGGACGGCCACGUCGCGCUGGUGUUCAACCAGCCCGAGCAGAGCAUCAAAACUAACCAACAGCAGCUGACGACGUCGCUGUCCAGCCUGCUCGGCAACAAGCCCAACCUCGUCGUCAAUGUAGAGUCGGUUAAGGCUAUGUCCGACUCCAAAACUCAGGUGGUAAUCUACGUGGUGGACAACAACGCCGGUGGCACUCACGUGUCGUCCACGGAACUAGCCAACUUCCUGAGCGGCGGCGCGCGCGCGGCGCUGGCGGGCGCGGGCUGCGCGUCCGUCACCGCCGUCACCAGACCCACGCCGCAGAUGCUGGCGCAGUACCUGCAGACCCCGCCGCAUGGUAUCGACAUGCGUCUCUGGAAGCAGGCGCAGGCCGACAACCCGGACCCUGAGAACUACAUCCCGGUGCCGAUCAUAGGAUUCUCAGAGAUAAAGUUCCGCGCGCGCUGCCAGGCGGAGCAGGCGGCGCUGCAGGCCGGCUACCUGAAGCAGGCGCGCGAGCAGCUGGACGCGCUGCGAGCCAGGCGGGCGGGGGCCGCGGCGCGCCUGGCGAGCCUGGCCGCCGCGCACCACGCCGCCCGGCACACGCUGCUGCAGGUCAUUGCGCAGAAGGAGGUGUCGGGGCGCGUGGGCGCGUCACUGACGGCCGAGGAGGAGGCGGCCCGCGCGCGCCUGCACGAGCUGGCAACAACCCUUGCCGCGCCGCCCGUCAACAAUGGUCGGCUGAACGAGCUGCUGUGCGCCGUGCGGCUGCAGCGCAGCGCCAGCGCCGGCGGGCCCCAGGAGCGCUACCAUCUCGACCCUGGCGCACAAGAAGACCUAAAGCAGUUCCUGGUGCUGCAGCAGCGCGGCAUGGCGCACCUCAUGGAGACGGCUCGCAAGGACCUCGCCGCGCUCGGCACCAUCGCCGAUGGCAUGGCCGCCAUCGUGCGUGCUUAGAGGUACACCUUGUGGUAGGUCUAGAGCUCAGUGGGAGAAGCUGCUCGCAAUAUCAUAGUUGAAAGGUACACGAUCCAAGAUACUGGUAGCAGUUGAGAUCUAUAUAUAUCGUGUGGAAGGAUAUGACACACGAGGGCAUAAGGACUUGUACACAAAACUGCGAUCGCAUCGCAAAAAAUUGCUUAAUCAAGCAAUUGCCCUGAAAAACUGUCAAAACCGUCGCAGUUUUUUGUGAAGCGACGUCGCAUCGUAGAUUUUGUACCAGCCCUAAACCCGCUUUAAGGUAUCCUAUUACUGGUAGCUUUAUAGUUCAAUGUCAGGGUCGAAGGACGAGUCUAGAUAUCCGCCAGUGGAAGCAACUUUGGAAAGCAAUGUUGGGGGAAGACCCUGAAUGUAAAAACGUAGUCUUUCAUAAAUUAAUGAGGAACCAUUUUUUACAUGAUUGUAACUAUUAGAGUCCAACAUCGCGUCAAAGGACUUCACGACAUGCAACAACAUAAAAUUGCUCUAAGUCUAAAAGGUACAUACAUUAAUAGCUGAAUAUCGCGCGUUAUCUUAAGGGUUUCUUUUCUACGAGUAUUCAUGCGGAAACUAUAAGCAGGUUAAUCGAGGAAUUAGAAGAUAAUAUUUGUUUGUUAUAUUUGUAACCUUAUCCGGACUUGUACCUUGUACUAUGAUACGAGUAUUGUGUAUAAGUAAAAUUACAUCUAAGUGUUCCUUAUUAUAUCCUUGUAUCUUUGUACAAACUUAUAAAUAAUAAAUCGGCCUUUCAUAAAUAAUGCA